GCUGCAGUUCCUUCUGGGCGCCUGCGGCGCUGCUGCUUGCCUGAACAUGUGCCAGAGGACGUCCGUGGUAGGCACGUCCGUCUGCGAUCGACCUGGCGGGGGGCGCUCAUUUCGAGUCGCCGCCGGCAACGCGUCGACUGGCUACCUGGGCCACUUCCCCACGUUCGAGGCAGCAGUGCCCUCUGAGUGGCGGUUCUCCGUGUCAGAGGCAGAUGCCAAUUGGCGCCGCACCCUGCGGGCGCACGAGAACGCCCACAUCGAGAGCAUGACUUCCCAUCGCGACUUGAUAGCGCAGGCAGUCCUCAUGACCCAGGUUGCCAAGGGCAAGUGGAAGUGCGGCGCGUGCGGAGGCGAGGUGGGUAAGCUGCGGCCCGCUCUGUCGCAUCGCUGCCCUGGGCCCGCCCAGCCGCCGCCCCGCGAGCCGUCUGCGACGGCGUCUCAGGCGCGCCGCUUGUCCACUGAUUUGAGGGCCCCCGUCAACGAACUCCACGGAGGCCAUUCUGGAGCAGCUGCGACAUCGGUGUUUCCAGACGUUCUUCGCGGUCGCUUCGACGACUAUGCCGACUCGUUCCAGCGCGCCAGGGCCGACGUGGAGAUGCGGCCGCACGUCGCCUCAGCGAUCCACCUUGCCAGUCAGGCGCCGACCCCUGCGGCGGACACUCUGGUGGGCGCGUGCUUCCCGUGGCCCAGGGAGAAGAACGCGCUCGCAUGCGUCCUGUUGGCUCGGCCGGGCGGCCGA